AUGAACCUCGGCAGGGAACUUCGGCUCGUGGCUCAAGUAAGCCGCCGUCUUGCCCAAUCAGCAGCCCCAAAGACGUCGACGGGCAUCGAACAUGCCGAGAGCUACAAGAAGAGCGGACACGCCAGCCCCGCAGCCCCGAAACUCUAUAAAUGCGGUGAAGACUACCUACACUUCAACGUCUAUUCCUACUACGAUUUAGAAACAAAGAUGUCGACAAACCGGGUUCCUCAGCCCACGAACAAGAAGCCUGACGUCAAACCAAGCGUUAAAGUC